AUGCCGGGGGGAACUGAAGAAGAAUUAAGUUUUCCUCCCCUGUAUCAGUUCCCUGGGACGCGGGAGGAGGGACCUGACCCUCCUCCAUUAAGGGAAGCAGACCCCACGAAAAGAGCAGGAAGCCCGCCAUAUACCAGACAAAGAGCCCAGAGGGAACCAUUCGCCUCCGUCGCCGACUCCACUGUUAAGACUUUACCCCUGCGAGCCACUGGUCCCCCAGAUGAGAGGGGCGAUCAGCCCCAUCACUACUGGCCUUUCGCCACUAGCGACCUCUUUAAUUGGAAAGCUCAAAAUCCUGAGUUUUCUGAGAAGCCAGCGAGGCUUAUUAAUUUGUUAGAUUCUGUCCUUUUCACCCAUCAGCCAACCUGGGACGACUGCCAGCAGCUCUUGCAUGUCCUGUUCACCACCCAGGAGAGGGAGAAGAUCCUCAAUGAGGCCCGGAAGCUGGUUCCAGGCGUGGAUGGGAAUCCUACCACCAACCAGGCUCAGAUAGAUACCGCUUUUCCUCUGACUAGGCCUGAAUGGGAUGUCAGCACAGCAGAAGGUAAGGAGAGGCUCCGGGUCUACCGCCAGGCUCUGAUGGGGGGUCUCCGGGCGGCUGCCAGGAAGCCGACUAACCUGGCUAAGGUAGGGAGCGUUCAGCAGGAGAGAGAUGAAUCUCCAGCAGCAUUCUUAGAGCGGAUCAUGGAGGCCUUCCGCACCUAUACCCCCAUGGAUCCAGAGGCUCCUGAGAGCAAGGCGGCUGUCGUUAUAGCCUUUGUAAACCAGUCUGCUGCAGAUAUUAGGAGAAAACUGCAAAGAAUAGACAGGCUGGGAGAGAAGAGUCUGCAGGACUUGUUGGCGGUGGCUGAAAAGGUGUACAAUAACCGGGAGCCCCCUGAAGAUAAACAGGCUCGCAGGCAGACCCGAGACCUGGCUAGGAUCCUGUUGGAUACCACUACGGACUCCCCCGAGAAACUGGACCUCCGCCUCCGACAGCUUGUGAGCGAUGGAAAGAAGGGUAAGGAGACCUCCGGGGAAGGGAGGCGGAGACUGCAGAAGGAUCAGUGUGCAUGCUGCAAGAAGAUAGGGCAUUGGGCUCGAGAAUGUCCGAAGAGGGACAGCGUGAGGGGGAGCAAGACGGACCGAGUAAAGAUCUCAUGGACUACCCGAAGAACAGUGGACCUAGGGACUGGCCGGGUAACCCACUCCUUCACGGUAAUACCGGAAUGCCCCUACCCACUGUUAGGACGGGACUUACUGACCAAGAUUGGAGCUCAGAUAACUUUCAGACAAGGGGGGCCUCAGGUCACCGAUGGCGAGGGCCCCCACAUCCACGUUCUGACUCUGAGGCUAGAGGAUGAGUACCGCCUCCACCAAGAGGCGCUCCCAAGGGGGGAUAACAUGGAUAGAUGGCUACGAGAAUUCCCCACAGCCUGGGCAGAGACAGGAGGGGUAGGACUAGCUGCUCACAGGACUCCAGUCCUAGUGGAGCUAAAGCCAGGAGAAGGUCCGGUAAGGAUCAAACAGUACCCCAUGUCUCAGGAAGCCCGGGAGGGAAUUCAGCUACACAUCCGGAGACUGCGGAGUCUAGGGGUGCUGGUUCCCUGCCAAUCUGCCUGGAACACCCCCCUACUGCCGGUCAAGAAGCCUCACACAAAUGAUUACCGACCGGUGCAAGACCUCCGGGAAGUAAAUAAAAGAGUCAUGGACAUACACGCAACUGUCCCCAAUCCGUACACUCUCUUGAGCUCCCUGGUGCCCUCCAGAGUCUGGUAUACUGUGUUAGAUUUAAAGGACGCCUCCUUCAGUCUGCCGCUAGCACCCAGGAGCCAACCCUUGUUUGCCUUCGAGUGGCAUGAUCCAGAGGAAGGCUACAGCGGACAACUCACCUGGACACGACUGCCUCAGGGGUUCAAGAAUUCGCCCUCCAUCUUUAAUGAGGCGCUACACGAGGAUCUGGGUGAGUACAGAAGGGAGCACCCUGGCCUCACCCUCCUACAGUACGUAGAUGACAUCCUGAUUGCUGCCGACACAGCGGAGGACUGUGAACGAGGAACCCAAGACCUGCUGGUCACCCUGGGGGCCUUGGGGUAUCGGGCAUCUGCGAAGAAGGCACAGAUAUGCAGAGAGAGGGUGAGUUAUCUGGGGUACAUCUUGGAGGGCGGACAGCGGCGGUUGUCAGAUGCCAGAAAAGAAGCUGUCCUAAAGAUCCCCACACCCACCUCUCGAAGAGAAGUGAGGGAAUUCUUAGGGUCGGCUGGCUACUGCCAUCUCUGGAUUCCGGGUUUUGCUGAGAUCGCCAGGCCCCUGUAUGAAGCUACCAGAGAGGGGAAGACAUUUGAAUGGACAGAGAAAGAGGAGGCGGCCUUUAACCAAUUGAAAAAGGCCCUCCUACACGCCCCGGCUCUGGGACUGCCAGACAUUACCAAGCCCUUCCACCUCUUUGUAGACGAGCGCAAAGGGGUAGCGAAGGGAGUUUUGACUCAAGCCUCAGGCCAUCCAGUAGCUUACUUGUCUAAGAAACUAGACCCAGUGGCUGCCGGCUGGCCACCGUGCUUGAGGAUUAUUGCGGCAACAGCACUCCUAGUGAAGGAUGCUGACAAGCUAACUCUAGGGCAGGAAAUCUGGAUUACAACCCCCCAUGCGGUUGAGGGAGUUCUAAAACAGCCACCUGAUAGAUGGAUGAGUAAUGCGCGCAUGACUCACUACCAGAGCCUCCUCCUCAACCCUCCCAGAGUGCGGUUCCGCCCCAGUGCAGCCCUCAACCCCGCAACUCUCCUGCCUGACCCUGACCUGGACGCCCUGCUACAUGACUGUGCCGAGAUCUUGGAACAGCUGCAUGGACUCCGGAAGGACCUGACGGACCAGCCCCUCUCAGAUGCAGAGGCCACAUGGUUCACCCGCGGGAGCAGCUUCAUGAGAAACGGGCACAGGUACGCGGGCGCGGCAGUAGUAACUGAGACUGACACCUUAUGGGCAGAGGCUCUGCCGUCUGGAACGUCAGCCCAGCGGGCAGAACUCAUCGCUCUGACAAAGGCAUUGACGCUAGGGGCCGGGAAACGACUCAGUGUCUUCACAGAUAGCCGCUACGCCUUUGCCACAGCUCACAUCCAUGGGGCAAUCUAUCAGGAGAGAGGGCUGUUGACUGCAGAAGGAAAGACUAUAAAAAAUAAACAAGAAAUACUCGACUUGCUAGCUGCCUUAUGGCUCCCAGCCAAGCUAGCCAUCAUCCACUGCCCAAGACACCAGAAAGCCAACAAUCCUGUAGCCAGGGGCAACCAGAAGGCUGAUCAGGUGGCCAAGGAAGUAGCCCUCACUGCAGUCCCCAGACUGGCCCUGCAAUAGCCAGACCCAGCAAACCCAGUCCUGCCGGAUCAGCCCAGAUACUCCCAGGAAGAACUACAGCGAAUCAAAAGCCACCCCACGAACAAGGACGUCAGAGGCUGGUGGUAUGCUCCAGACGGGAAGCUCCUGCUACCAGACCAGCUCGGGAUCCCGAUGUUGAAACACAUACACCGAUCGACUCACCUAGGGUCCCGGAAACUAAAGGAUCUGGUCGGGCAUACUAAGAUCAAAAUUCACCAGCUGGACGCCAGAAUAGAUCAAAUUGUAUCAGCCUGUAAAACUUGUCAGCUUACAAAUGCAAAGGCCAGGUCCAGUG